AUGAAACCUACAUUAAAAAUUAACUUUCUUAGUUCAAAUCAUACAUCUAUGUUAACAACCUUACAUCAACAACAAAAACACUGUAUCGUAUAUUUGAAAGUUCGUUCAGGUCGUCUUGGUAAUCGAAUGUUUAUGAUUGCUAGUGCUUAUGGUCUUGCUCGUCUUCAUUCUUGUCACUUGUAUAUAACACCAGAAAUAAUCAAUGAAGUGCAUGCCCUAUUUAUUCUUGAUCUUUCUCCUUUUCUUAUCUCAACAAUUAUGUUCAACUCAAUCAUUCACAAUACUUUAAAACCAAUGACUACAAUACGUAAACAUGCUGGUUGUCAAUAUGUUCGUGAAUUAACACGUCCGAAUGCAAUUUCACCAGGACAUAUACUCGAAUUGCAUGGUUAUUGGCAAUCAUAUCUACAUUUUGCUAAAUAUAGUGACGAUAUUCGACAACGUAUAUUUGUUGCAAGACAACCUGUACUUGAGAAAGUCUCGAAAUUAUUCAUUAAAAUUUAUGAACAAAAGUUUCAUUUCAAACCUCAAUUCUCAUUAGAAAAUCAUCAAUUAUUUAAAAAACAACUAACCCAAUCAAACUGGACAACGUGGGUUGGAAUUCAUAUACGUCGUAAAGACUUUGUUCCUUUGAAUUUUUCUUCAUCUGAUCAAUAUUUGUUUGCUGCUAUUGAUUAUUACACUUCACAUUAUUCCAAUGUUCAUUUUAUCGUUGCAAGUGAUGAUAAAUCAUAUUGUAAAAAUCUAUUUCGUCAUUGGUCGAAUAUUACUGUUACGCCACAAUCAUUUUCCAUUGGUGAUGAUUUAAUAGCACUUUCACUUUGUGAACACUCAAUCAUAACUGGUGGAACAUUUGGAUGGUGGACAGGUUAUCUUGCUAAUGGUGAAGUGAUUCAUGAUAAACUAUAUCCAUCUGGAUGUGAAAGACGUGAAUAUUACUAUCCACCAUGGUUUCUGAUCGAUGGAGAUGUUCGAGCACACAAAAAUGGUAAUUAUACUUUAUGA